GAGGACGUGCAGACGUCAAAGCGCACACAACGUAUCCCGGCAUGCAGCAGGAGGCCGUGGAACGAUCCUGCAGCUGGUAGUGAGUUGCGAGAGCGCCGAGGAGGCAGCAGCAAACGGGCAACAUAGCUCACACAUUUCCCCACUCCAUGUGAGAUAAGCCGAGCCGUUACCUUACAGGCGACAGAAAAUAUGCUGUACGGACGCCUGACGUGUUCCCGAAGCGGCUUUUGAGUCAUCAUUGUCACCCGGUUUUCAUUUUGGAGGAUUCCUCCCUCCAUCCUCCGGAUCGCACCGAACAGGCAAUGACAACGGUCUCAGCAACCCCGCAGCAGAUGAGGGAACGGCUGCUGCAGGCCAUCGACAGUCAGAGCAAUAUAUGCAAUAUGGUGGUUGUACUGGAAGUAAUUGCCUGCCUUGAAAAGUAUCCUAUCACCAAAGAAGCACUUGAGGAAACUCGACUAGGAAAGUUGAUCAACGAUGUGAGGAAGAAGACGAAGGAUGAAGACCUGGCUAAACGAGCUAAGAAACUCUUGAGGAACUGGCAAAAGCUGAUUGAACCUGGGCCACCUGUGGCUGCAAGUGUUCCUGGCUCUACCAACGGCAGUUCUCAUCCCUGUAGAACCGAUGCCUCUCCUUCUGACAUUUCUGUGCCAGGGAAAGGUGUCCCUGAAGUCAAAAUCAGAAAUGACGUUCACAACACGUACUCACCAAAAGCUGAGAAAUCAAGCAGCCGCAAGCGGCGGGCAGAGCACAGAGACAGUGGAGUGUACUUGCAAGAAAAAAUCUCCAAAAUGUCCCCAUAUGAUAACUCUGUUUCAACACCACCCACCAAUGGGAUCGCAGGCAGUCCGGAUGCCCUCCCUGACCAGGAGGUUGUCCCGUCUCCUGACAGAUCUCGAGUUGAGCACCUUGAUAAUGAUAAAAUGAACAGAAUUCCUGUUAAUGCUGUCAAGCCUCGCCCCAGCUCUCCCGGGGUGGCCAAACUACCCAGCACUUCCUCUUUGAUUAAAGUUGCUGUGAUGCAGCAACAGGCCAGAUUGGAUGAAGGAGGCGGGGGCUAUUAUCAAGCCAGAAGUCCUCGUGGUCUCACUACCAGCCCAAGGAGUACGAAGCAAGAUACAAUGACCAAGCGCUCUUCAGCAUAUGCACCAAAAGGAACGCCGGUCCCAAGCCCUUCCUCCAGGGACUCUCCCUUAUCUUUUUCCCACACUGUGUCAUCCCCGGCCUCAUCUUAUGCUGACAAGCUGCCACAUUCUUCUAAUAGGUCUUCAAUGCACUGGGCCAGCAGUUCAGAAGCCUCCUCUCUUUGCCCAUCACAAGACAUAUCUGCAACACUGGAAUCCCCAUCAGUCUCCCCCUCACCUUCUCUCUCCCAGCAGAACUCAGAACCACACAGACAGAUGUCUGAGGGAGCUAUGGUUGUGUCUGAUGACGCAGAUGGGACAACGGUACCAAAUUCGGAACAUAAAAGGAGGAAGUACAGGUCUAGAGAUUACUCUGUCAACUUAGAUGGCCAGAAAAUGGAGGACACCACUAAACCCGUUCGGUUAAAAGAACGCAGAUUAACAUUUGACCCGGUCACAGGUCAGAUUAAACCUCUGGUGCAUAAAGAACCUUCUCAAACAGAUGAAGCACCCACUCCUGACCCCGCUGAAUCUAGGCAGAGAACUGAAAGCACUGUACAACAGUGCACUGCCACCACCGCAGUCCCAGGUCCUAGCCCUAACCCCUUCCACCACACAAACUGGAAGGAGCUGUCUAGAAAUGAAAUCAUCCAGUCCUACUUGAACCUUCAGAGCAAUGUCCUCAACUCCUCGGGGGUUCAGGCCCCUAGUGCACACUUUUUCAUGUCGGAAUAUCUGAAAAGGGAAGAACAGGAAAUUAAGGAGUCACGGAAGAUGCACGUUCUCCAAACGGACAAUUUGACAGGGGAUUUACCGGGCGUGAGCCGGGACGUGACAGAUGAGGACUUGGACAGGAUACACACACAGCACUGGCAGGGGGUGAAUGGCGUUUUUGACACCAAGGGCACCUGGUACGAUUGGACAGAUUGCAUAUCACUGGACCCUCACGGGGAUGAAAGCAAAUUGAACAUCCUGCCAUACGUUUGCCUAGACUGAGGGGGUACGGGAAGGUUGCAGUACUUUUCCACUCCUUUCCUCAUCUCGCCACAGAGACGAGAUACUUUGUGAUUUAAUUUUUUUUUGUUCACUGUGAGUUUGGCAAAAAUCAGGCCUGCUAAACUCCACUCCCCCAUGCCUCUUCCUCUUUCUGUGAUAAUCUAUUAAGAUUUUGGUAUAAAAGAAGUGUAAAAAUUAAAAGACUAGUUGAGUUUGUAAUAUCAAGGGCUGUUUCUGUUUUAUUUUUCAAACUGAAAGCCACAGGAAUGAGGCCCGUAUUGCAGAGUACUGCUGCUAACCAUAAAGGCAAAAAAAGAAGACAGAAUUAUCCCAGAUCUGCCAAAUAGGUGUAACAAUGUGAGGUUUUUCUUUUUUAAAUGUUAUGAAUUGUACCCCUCUUUGAGGCACACUGGGAUGAUGCUGUUUUUUUUUUUUUUUAACCUGUUUAGUUUCUAACAAGAAGUUUUGAACUAGGGUUAAACCUGAGGGAAGGCUGGGGUUUAGCUGUCUUGCACAGACCACCAUGUUGGUGCCCAGAAAGAUGUUGAUAAGAGUUCAUCUAGCACAGUUGGAGCCAAACAUGUCCAGGGUUUGAAGUUACUGGAACAUAUUUGGCAGUUACAAGAAGCUUUAUGUGAGAUAUAAAAGAGUAAAUUAUAAACUUCUUAUCAUAUAUACAUCUAUUUAUUUUUGACCAGUUCAUUUAUGGGAUGUUCAUCAAAACAAAUGUUUAAAAAAAAGACGACAACAA